AUGAAAUUAUUUUGUACGUACCUAUGCGAUUUUGAAGUGCUUAAAUUCAAUUCCGUUACCGCUACUAAGAAUCUAAUUUGAGACACUGAAUUCGAAUAUGUUCAUGAAAAAAUUUUAGUGUUGGGGGAACUAAUUUAGAGUAAGUCACGUUAGCCACGACAAAUUUCAACACUAUUAUACUAUGGAGUGAAUAAUAAGUAUUUUUCAGUUUUUACUGCAAAAAAGUGGAGCAAUACUGACGAAUUAGUACGUUGUGUAUGA